AUGUCCUCCGAAGAACAACCCACAUACUGGGUCCUGCUUGUCGGGAUUAACUAUUAUACCCAGGGCAAGGCUCAUGAUCGUCCACUGCGCGGCGCAGUUCCCGACAUCGAAGAUGUAGAACAGAUGCUUCAGUCUUAUCUCGAAGGGAAACGGCUUGACAUCACCAAGAUUACUGCUAGAACCCCAGACCCCUCGCACGAAGACACAGUGGUAUUGCUUCCUGACUACGAAACCAUUGUGGAAAAAGUCUUCUGUCGCAUUCAAGCUGAGGCGAAAUCAGGCGACUUUUUCUAUUUCCACUUUUCCGGCCACGGUGGCCGACAAGCCCGUAAGACAGAGCCUGGAUCUUGGGCUGGAGGCGCAUGGUACGAAGUUCUGAUACUCGACGGCGACCGGAAUCUGCCAGACUUUGAACUCGGAGCGCUUCUUGACAAUAUAGCCAGUCGAGGCGUAACCAUAUUCGCUAUUCUUGAUUGUUGCCAUAGCGGAGGGGCAGAUAGAUCUGAUGAGGAUGAUGGAAUGCGCGGACUCGACGAGGUACUACCUGCCAACGCAAACAUAGACAUCCUUGCAGAAUCAUUAUUUCAAGAUGAAAAUCAGCAUUAUGAGUCCACCGACGAGGCUGCUAGCCGAGAUGUAUCAACUAAAGGCUCACAUUGGUUCCGGGCAAGGGACUACACCCUCCUAACCGCGUGCCAUCCUGGAGAAAAGGCGAGAGAGGUACAAGACCAAGGACGUUGGAGGGGAGUCCUAACGAGCGGAAUGCUACGCGCCUUUGGUCAACUCACUGCUGCUGGCGGUCUCCCUACCUACAGGGUCCUGUAUGAGAUCGUUCGAACGGGCAUGAUAAAAGAAGGGUACGAACAGCGCUGCAUGCUCCAUGGACAGGGAGACCGGUUUCUAUUUGGUCGGCAGACUAUUGAAUCGGUCCGAGUCGGCACUGUGAGAAAUGUUGGAAGGAAUGUACUGCAGAUUGAUAUGGGUGAGAUUCACGGCGUUUCUCGUGGGGACGAGUAUGAGAUUUAUCCAUCCGGUGCAAUGAUUGGGGAAAACCUCAAUAGCAACAACCGGCUUGCGAAGAUCAAAAUCAGUCGGGUUGAGGCCACUCAGUCCUAUGCACCGCGACCGAAAGAUAUCAGGUCCAUCAAGGUAGGCUGUAUUAUUAAACUAGUUCGGCCCGUCAUACGGCUGCCUUUAUAUGUCAAAGUGCUGGAUGAGAAGCUGCUCGGCAUGUUGCAAGAUAUGACAAGUGAGGAGCCUAGUCCAUUCAAUCCGACACUUCAAGCCAUCACCGACACUUCCGAAGCCGCAUUCCAGGUGCUUUCCAAGGACGCGAACUAUGAGUUGGCAGACAUGAUGGGAACUUCGCUGCGACAUUCUGCUCCGAUUCCUGGUCAUCCGAUAGAAGAGGCGGUCAGAACUGUUUGCAUACGCCUGCGCAGGAUCGCUCGCUACCGCUUCGUGGCCGGGCUCGUGAACAAAAACUCCAAACUAAAGAAAUCCUUUGCCUUCGACGUCUCCCCACGGGAGGUCUUUGACGAGGACCGCGUCACUAUCACGUACCAAAAUUUGACAAAGUCCUUGCAAGCCCAGGAUCUCUACUUCACGCUUUUCAACCUGACGUCUCGUGGUGCGGUCCAACUCCAGGAUGCGGGCACCCUGGUCGAGCCGGGUGAAAAGAUUUCAGAUGACGUGCCAAUGGUGAUUCCCCCAACUUUGGAGGAUGAUGAGAUUGAGGAUGUUCUAGUAGUAGUCGUUACCACGGAAGAGCCACAUAUGGAGUGCUUACAAUCACCCGGGCUUCAUGUCGAGGACUCAGGCAGCCGCGGUGACGAGGACGAUGAAGAGCAAGCGGAAGAUCUAGCCGAUCUAUUGGAUAGUCUGGAUGAGAAUUCUCGAGACAUACAGAAUCGGGGGAUUUCUAGUUGGCAGACACAGCAGAAAUAG